GCUGAAUCUCCAGUAACUGAGGCUGAAGGGCUCACUGAUGUAAAGAGCCAGCCACCAUUGCAGCUCCAAUACCUUCGAUGGCCUAUGUGGGUUCUUGGGCCCGCCAUUCUCUUAGCCACUGGGAUGGUGCCCACUUUGUGGUUACCUAUUUCAUCAGUUUUCAUUGGUCCCAAUAUAGCCAGCCUUCUUGCCUUGACUGGACUUGAUUGUAUUUACAAUCUUGGAGCAAACCUGUUUCUCCUGUUAGCCGAUUCUUGUGCUCGUUUACCAGACACCAAUCAAGAUUCCAGCAGCAAGCCGCCUUUCGGUUAUCAGUUAUGGAACAUGGUCGCUAACGUUAUGGGUCUAGUCAUUCCCUUGAUAGUACUAUUUGGUUCUCACAACAGUUUCCUUCAGCCUCAACUUCCUUUCAUUUCUUAUGCUGUGCUUUUGGGGCCCUAUCUCCUGCUUCUAUCUAUACAGAUACUCACAGAGAUGCUGACAUGGCAUUGGAAGUCACCAGUAUGGUUGGUGACACCGGUAGUCUAUGAAGCUUAUCGUGUGUUACAACUAAUGAGAGGGUUAAAGCUCGGUGCAGAACUCGUUGCACCAUCGUGGAUGCUGCAUACUAUUAGGGGGCUCGUAUGCUGGUGGGUUCUCAUUCUUGGCAUGCAGCUCAUGAGGGUCGCUUGGUAUGCUGGUUUCACUGCUCGGGCUCAUCAGAAACAGCUGCAUGCCUUGCCCGACGCUGAUUAGGUCCAAAUGAUGCAACUUCCUUUUCGGUUUUAAUGAAACAGAAAAUGGUUGUAUAUGGGAUUCAAUUCUUUUUUUUCUUUCUUUCUCUUUUUCCAUUUCUUGUUACUGUUAUACAUAAGAAUUUGGCCUUCAGAGAUUACAACUAUGAUGUAUGUUACCAGAAAAGAAAUAAAAAAGUUUAUACAACUAGAUAUUUGUUUACUUAAAGAUGCUUGCA